UUAAUACGGUUAACAAAAUUUUGGACGUAAAGCUUGGUGUGACGUGUUAUAUCGUCGGAACAGUUUAUACGGAAAUGCGUUUCAAACCAAAUAUUCUUGAUGAAGUUACUAAAGAACAUUGGGCACCACCGUCUCUACCACGUCCAAAAUAUUGUAGUACGGAUGAUGAAUUCUUUUUAGAAGACGAAUCAGGAAGAAUUAAAUUGGUAGGCGAUAUUCUAAAGCGCGAAAAUAUAGUAACAGGUUUAAUAAUGGCAGCUUUAGGGAAAGAAAAUUCUGAAGGGAAUUUUGAAGUAUGUGACAUAUGUGUUGCUGGACUUCCAUAUCAGCCACCAAAGCCAAUAAUUACAGAUGAUAAAUAUAUCGCACUUAUAAGUGGAAUGAAUAUUGGACCAAAUUCUUCAUCGGCAUUGCAAUUACAACUUAUGACAGAAUACCUUACUGGCGAAUUAGGAAAUUCAUCCGUGCAAGAUUUUACUUCAAAAAUAGCUCGAAUGAUAAUUGCUGGUAAUAGUUUGCAGGAAGUAAAAGUAGUUGAAGAUGAGAAGAAAGAAGUAUGUGACAAUAUCCUUAAUGAAAUUUGUUCAGAAUUACCUGUUGAUUUAAUGCCAGGAAGUAAUGAUCCAGUAAAUACAUUUUUGCCUCAACAACCUUUUAUAUCCAGUUUGUUACCAAAAACUUGUCAGAAUUCGAGUUUUCGCCGCGUUACAAACCCUUAUUGGUGCGGGAUUGACGGUCAAACAAUUGAUGACAUUGCUAAAUAUGUAGAAACUGAAGAUAGACUUAAAUUAGCAGAGCAAACGCUACA